AUUAUACUCCCCCAUCCUCCCUCAUCCACUCGCAGCAUCACCAGAAGUGAGAGUGACCUUCCGAGGUUUUCCUUCAGUCUCUCUACCAAUCUCCAAUCCCUCGAAAAAGAAAAGAACGAUGUCGCUCAUUCCUCGCGACUCCGGAUUCGGCUCGAGCAUCUUCGAUUCCUUCCCUCUCGAUGGCUUGGAUCCCUUCGAUCGCUUCGGCUUCCUCUUCGACAGCCUCCUCUCUUUGCCCGGCGAGACCUCCGGCUUCGCCACCGCCCGCAUCGACUGGAGGGAGACGGCGAAGGACCACGUCAUCAAGGCCGACCUCCCGGGGCUCAAGAUGGAGGAGGUCAAGAUCGAGGUGGGGGAUGACAAUGUCCUCCAGAUCAGCGGUGAGCGGAGCCGGGAGCAGGGAGAGAGGACCGAUACAUGGCAUCGCGCGGAGAGGAGCGGCAAAUUUCUGAGGCGGUUCCGACUGCCGAACGCGAAGAUGGACCAGAUUACCGCGGCCAUGGAGGAUGGCGUGCUCACCGUCACAGUGCCCAAGGAGGAGGUCAACAAACCGGCGGUGAGAUCCAUCGAAAUCGCUGGUUGAAUCAACGAUCGUUAGCAGACAGGGUUUGUAAUAUUAAUACGUACCAAAGGGAAGGGGGUUUGUGUAGUAAAGCAUCGCCAUAAGUCGGGUUUUGUGUAGUUAAAGCAUCGCCAUGAGUGCAUGUCUUAAUGUGAGAUGAUGGAUGCGUGCUUGUGAAUACAGUCUUCCUGCGUUCUGCGUGUGGUCAGGUGUGUUAUGACAUUUGGCAGUGGAGAUGUUAUGCUUUCUUUUCCUAA